AUGUCUACGAAUGAGCAUGGCGAGAAUGUGGUCGAGCCGCCGACAUUUGGCUCCGCUGUUGGUGAGGUUGUCGAGAUAGGCCCCGAGUGCAAGAAGCACUACAUCCACAAAGCCUUCCUUGUGUUUCACUCGGAGUACUUUCGCAAAGCGCUGCAAGACCCCUGGAAGGAAGCACGAGAUGCGGUUGUGUUAUUGCACGAUGUUGGCCUGUUGAAUUUACCGGACCUCCUCGACUCCUUGGGCGACUCGUUACAGAAUCGGUGCAACGUGACGACAAUGACCCUCAUCAAAGUGUACGCCCUGGGCGAUAGACUUCUCGCUGCCCCGUUCCGCCGCGCCAUAAACGACUGGCAGGUCGAUUCUUGCUUGAUAAUCGAAUUGGACUUUCUUCCCGAUCACCUGCUGCCCAUAGUUGAAUGGGCAUUCGGCAACAUUCCACCCGACCGAGUCAUAUUGCAGUGCCUCAUUGACACCUUCUGCAAACACUGGAGUCAGGCUGAAGACGACGACAAGGACAAGUGCACCUGAAAAAUUUCCCAUCUACUUUUGUCCUCCGAGCACUGCGAAGGUUUAGCCAAGCACGUAGGGAGCUCCCGGAGUUAGGCAAUCGGCGGCGCUGUCACUACGAGCAU